CUGUCACUUGCUUUUUGGUCCAGGCGUGUUGUGUAAACGCUGGUGCCCAUUUCAGAAUUCCAAAUUCCGGUGCAAACUGUCCGGCAUUGUACAUAUUUGGAUCAACGACUUCACCUAGGACAUGCUGAAUCUCCUGCGAAGGCGCCCAUCGUCGGUGCCCCUCAUCCGGGCCGCGUUUAGCGCUCCGCUGCACACAACGGAAAACCGGCCGGGUUACAUAGUGCUGGUACCGGAGAUCGGCGAGGAGGGACCGCUAGGCGAGGGCGUGCUCAAGCCGGACGGACUUCCCGCCUUCAGUGACAUCACCAUCGAGAUGUGCUUGGGCGCCAUUGGUCAGCAGGCAUCGGCGGUGGAGAACUCGGUUAAGGCGCUGGAGAGCGACCUGCACAGUGGCAAGCAGCUAAAUGCCGCCAGCAUCUUUCGGAAGCUGGACACUGUGACAGGUCCACUGGAGACGACGUGGGGUGUGGCCAAGGCUCUGUACCUGGGCAAUUCUACCCUGAUACCCACCAAAUCCUACAUGAACAUCCACGAACGAGCGCGUAACGCUCGGGCAGCGAAGUUCUGCAAUCAGACGGUGUAUAAGGCACUCAAGGAUGCUUCAUCCGACUCGGGUCCAGAUGAGCAAAGGAUGCGACAGAAGUUCCUGCUCGAGGGCAAGCUGAACGGGCUCACGCUGGACAAAGAUAAGCAGGAUGGACUGAAGGAGCUGCUUACCCAUUUGGGUCGAGAGAGAGCCAACUUCAAGAAUAAGGUCAACAUGGCAGUGCACUCGUUUGGACAGAUUAUUACGGACUUCAAUCUUGUAAGGGAUUUCCCGCCUUCGCUUCUUGAGGCAACAGCCCGCGAUCCCGGACAGCCUAUGACGGGUCCUUGGAAGAUAACCCUGCAGCCUCAAGUGGUCGAUGGUUUUCUAAAGCACUGUCCAGAGCGACUGCAGCGUUGGAACGUCUGGAGGGCCAGUGUACUGAAGGCAUCCUCGCAGCAGGAAAAAUCCCUGGAGAACAGCACACACCUCGAAAAAAUACGCGGAUUGCGCAAGCGACAGGCAAAUCUGUUGGGCUAUGAAAGCUUUGCAGACAUGUCCAUGCAGACCAAAAUGGUGGGCAGUGUGGAUAACCUUAAGCAGAUCUUUGCCAAGCUUCUCAAGUUCGCCGGCCCUGCUCAAAGUGUGGAGCUGGAGAAACUACAGAGCUUCGCUCAGGACAGUGGCUGUGAAUACAAGCUGGAAGCCUACGAUGUUGCCUACUGGCGGCGCAAGCAACUGGCGGCGUUGCACGGUCUCCAAGAGCAGAAGCUCCGCGAGUUUUUCCCACUGCCCCGCGUUCUAUCCGGAAUGUUUGCGCUGAGCGAAAAGCUCUUCGGCAUUCAAAUAGUUGAGCAGCCCAAUGCGGAGGUGUGGCAUCCGGCAGUCAAGUUCUACGAUGUGUUCGAUGCUGAUUCCAGCAAUAGCUCCACUCCGGUGGGUGGCUUCUAUGUGGACUGCUACUCCAAGGAGCACAAGUUCGGCAGAAACAAUGGUUGGAUGGUGGGCAUACGGAACAGCAAUAAAUCUGCCGGUCUGACGCCUCUCUGUGCGCUGAUAUUCAACUUCUCGGAGCCACAAAGUCCGGAUGCCAAGCCGCCGCUCCUUGGAUACGAUGAUCUGCAGAUGCUGUUCAAGACCUUUGGAAGCGGACUCCAGCAUCUGCUCACCCAAGCGGGCUACAGCGAUUUGGCGGGACUCUCGAACAUCGAGUGGGAUGCCUCGCAGGUGUCCGGUCAUGUGAUGAGCAACUUCCUCGACGAUCCCACAGUGAUUCGAAGCCUAUCCGGACACUUUAGCAGCGGUGAGCCAUUGGAGGCUGAACUCUCCCAAAAGAUGAGACUGCUGAAGACUCAGUUGGCUGGCUAUAAUCUGUGCCAGGACCUCUACCUGGCGGAUCUCGACGUGGAGCUGCACCGCUCGAACGCCUUCUGGCUGGAGGUGGUUCGCAAGCUGUGGCCGGUUUAUCAAUGCAUGCCGCUGGACAAGAAGGACGCUCAUCCGUGCUCCCUGACCGACAUUUUUGCCGGAGAUUGGGCGGCCGCCCAGUUCAGUCACUUGUAUUCCCGCCUCAUAGCCGCCGACAUUUCGAGCAGCUUUGCUGAGCAGAGAAGCGAAGAUAACUACGCAGUCGUUGGCCGACGCUACAAGCAGACCUUCCUCAGCUCCGGCGGAUCUGUGCCCACGGCGGAAGUGUUCCGUCGCUUCCAGGGUCGCGACCCGUCGGGCGAGGCACUCCUGAAGUCGUUGGACAUAUUCGAACCUUCCCAGACCACAGAUAACAACUGAGGGUCGUGCUCUGUUCCGCUAAAUCGUUAUCUAUUGUGUGUAGUCAACUAAUGCUGAUCGAUGGCAGCCUUUGGAGGCCGGACCUAUUCGAGUGGGGAAAAGUAAGCAUUGGAGUAUUUGAAAAUAUUUUAAAAUAGGUUUGAAAUGUAUUUUGUUAAAUAUUUGUUUAUUGGUCAAGAUCCACUUGUACUUAUUUAAAAGAAAGUAUAGCCGUAAUUGAAUGACCCCCAGCCAGGAAAUUGAAAACCAAAAUCGAUUGAUAAAGGCUUUAUCAAUUUUGGAAGUGUAACUAUUAAAACAAGAAUUCUGUACUUUA